AUGGCGCUCUCAGCACAGAAUCAGUCAACGUCGUACGUCAACCUGUAUUAUUCUAUUGUGCAGCGCGCUGCGACACGCUAUUUUAAGGAAUAUUACAAUUCCGAUACUGGCGCGCCGUACGUACUGUACAAGGACAAUAUGGAGAGACCCCAGGGCCAGUGGGCACCGGGGCCGGGUUCUCUCCAGGACGGUGGACUAUACGGGCAGCAACAGCCCCAGAAUCAGCAGCCACAGGCGCCCCAGCCGCAGCAGCAGGCGUCGUCCUCAUCGGGUAGUCCGCAGCAGGCCUGUGGCCCGCCAGUCGAGGGGGGUGAAACGGGUCCGCCCCCGAUGGCAUCCCCAGUGCCAUCGCCCUACCCCUCGGGCCCGACUGAUCAGCAAGCCCUGACACCCCCCGACGACGACAUAAACACCGGUCAAACAACAGCCCAACAGCAGGCUGCAGCGCAGCAGCAAGUGGCCCAGCAGCAGGCAGCUCAGCAGCAGGCAGCCCACCAACAGGUAGCAGCUCAACAGCAGCAGCAGCAACAACAGCAGCAGCAACAGCAACAACAGCAGCAGCAGCAGGCGAGUCAGCAGCAAAGUGGUCAGCAGACGCAGCAGCAAGCCAGUGGUCAGCAGGACCACUCACCCCAGCAGCAGCUGACGCCCCACGAGGUGGAGAGAGGUGACUGUUUCCCUGGCACUGGUGAUCUACAACAGUAUCCUCAGCACUACUUCAAGGAUGCAAGACCACACGCAUCACCCUCAGUGCCACCGCACAUGCUGACACCCGGGGGUUUCUCAGCGCUUCAUUACUUGAAACAACCCGGUGUUAUGCUGACAUCACUUGGCCAGGGCGAUGGGGGUGCUAGCCUCGAGGCCCAUCAGUACGCAAGCCCCGGUGGUGCUAACAUGGCUAAUGUACUCCCUGACAUUGUACAGCAAAAUGGCAAAUCAUCAAAAGGUGCAAACAGUGAUCUUAGAUUGUUCAAGUGUUUAACUUGUGGUAAAGACUUUAAGCAAAAAUCAACGUUACUUCAACACGAGAGAAUUCACACUGACAGCAGGCCUUAUGGUUGUCCAGAGUGUGGAAAGAGAUUCAGGCAACAGUCACAUCUUACUCAACAUCUACGUAUACACGCUAAUGAGAAGCCCUUUGCUUGUGUUUACUGCGAGCGUACCUUCCGGCAGCGCGCCAUCCUCAAUCAGCAUCUGCGCAUCCACUCGGGUGAGAAGCCAUACCAAUGUCCGGAGUGCGGAAAACACUUCCGUCAGAAGGCGAUCCUGAAUCAGCACGUCCGCACACACCAAGAUGUGAGUCCGCAUCUGAUCUUCAAGAAUGGCAUGACACCAACCCUGUGGCCUCAGGACGUGCCGUUUCCCCCUGAGGACGGUAAAGAGGAGGUUGCCUCGACAUUCGGUGACAAUGACACUCAGUCAGGGGCAUUUAGUCCCUCGCCCGAUGGCAAUUCAAUUCAAUAUCCAGCUUAUUUCAAGGAUCCAAAGGGGGGUAAUCACGCGGUGUUUGGUGCUGGUGGGCCAAGCAGUUUUGGUGCACUGCAGUACAUUAAACAGCAGCAGGGUAGCGGUGGUGGUAGUGGGGCUGGUGGUAAUGGUACAAAUGGUGGUAAAUCAUGUCUACCCGAUGUCAUACAGCACGGCAGAUCAGCGGGUAUGCCGCUGUACGUCCGUUGUCCAAUAUGCCAAAAGGAAUUUAAACAGAAGAGCACAUUACUUCAGCACGGCUGUAUACACAUAGAAUCACGUCCAUACCCGUGCCCCGAGUGUGGCAAAAGAUUUCGCCAACAGUCACACUUGACCCAACACUUGCGCAUACAUACGAAUGAAAAACCGUACGGUUGUGUUUACUGUGGCCGUAAUUUUAGACAGAGGACCAUACUUAAUCAACAUUUACGUAUACAUACGGGUGAAAAACCUUACAAGUGUCAACAGUGCGGUAAAGACUUUAGGCAGAAAGCUAUACUUGAUCAGCACACGCGAACACAUCAGGGGGACAGGCCAUUCUGCUGUCCAAUGCCCAAUUGCCGCAGGCGUUUUGCCACUGAGCCCGAGGUCAAGAAGCACAUUGAUAAUCAUAUGAAUCCACAUGCCAGCAAAGUCAGGAGAAAUUCGAGCAGCGAUGUUAAGACAACGACGUCCGCUGCUAUUGGGCCUGUGCCUGUGCCAAGGGGACUCACACCGACAGUCGUUAAGCCUGAACUUUAUUUUCCCCAGUGUUAUGCACCGGCAUUCAAUCAUCAACCACCAGUAUCGUCAUCACAAUUCCCCGGCCAGACUAAUGGUGUUACUGUUACGGGUGAAUUUAAAACACCAUCGGCAUUACCACCCCAGUGACUAACCGUCCAUCCUGCCGCCUAUUAGCAAGCAGGAAUACCGCUCAAGUUUCAGCGUUGCUUUGGUACUAAUGCCAUCGGUACGGGGGGUAAUUCAGCCCAUAUGUGCCAGCCACUCCAGCAACAUUACCCGUGACAUAGAUUUUUUUCUGCAUUUAUACGGCAUUUUGGUUAUCAUUGGUACGUCGAUGUUGAGUCCAUUCUUUUGUUUGUUCGUUCGUUUCAUUGUUGUUGGUCAUUUUUUUUUUUUUUUCUUUAUUUUCGGGGGAUUUCAUCGGGGAUUCGGCAGCGGUGCGGAUAAGUGGUUCGUGGCCGUUUUUAAUGGGGAUCAGGGUUUGAGGGGGUGGACGAUGUUUUGGAUAAUAUUGAUUGUCGAAGGAAAUCGAAGCUAUUUCUCAUUACAGGGAAAAAAUGAUUUUUUUAAAGAAUUUUUUAUUAUUUUUAUUGAAAGAUAUAUAUUUGAAAAAACAAUAGACGACUGGACUUGUCCACUCACCAUUUACAACGUACAUAGUGUAGAAAAUGAUGACAUUUUUUUUGAAUUUUGAAAAAAUUCAAAAUUUUGUUAGUUUUUGGU